AUGUCAAGCCUUGGACCUUCCGCUGGAGCAUUGUUAUGUUCUCUACUAUGGAAUAAGCGAACACGAUCAGAACAGACUCGAGCCACAUCGGUGAUCAAAACUUUGAUUGGAUAUACUCUUACUACUGGCCUGCUUACGAGUUUUACGUCCCUCAUCGGCUUGAUCUUGGCUCUAACAUUCCGGCGGACGAUGAUCUAUGUUGCAUUAAUCAACUCGCUGGGGAACAUUUAUACCAAUGCACUUCUUGCUUCCCUCAACCGCCGAGAUCGAAUACGAAGUGUGAUGGACCCAACAAUGGAAAUGAUCAGCGCACGGUCCCAGCCCGGCACCGGCGCCAAACCAAAAGAGAUAGGCACUAUUGUGUUUGCGCCAUCGGAAGACACCUAUGGCAACCAAUCAGUGUUGAGCAAAACGGGGGAAGUUUAG